CGCGCAAGUCGAACGGACAGCUUCUUUGCGCAGAUUCAGAAACUUUGCUGAGUUAUUUUGAUCCUGCCGUCAAACCAGGUAUCUUUACUGUGUUUAACCUAAGGCACUCGUCUUAUUUCAGCAGUUAUGGAGCUUAGUUUGUCGAUUGAAAGUCAAACUGGCUCAAGUCGGUCUUCAUCAAGUGGGGUUAUCCCAAGCUCUGACGCAAGGCAAUUUACAGACCUUGCAGAUGUCUCAUUCCAUGUCUCAGUCGAUGAGUCAAAUGUCGGAUGAUGAGCCAUCUUCGCCGGAGUCGACAACUUUCGACGGCUCGGACCUGCUGAAUUCCACGGUCGGCGAUGAAGUCACAGCACAGCUUGCGGCAGCAGGGCCAGUUGGAGUGGCUGCCGCAGCGGCUAUUGCGACUGGAAAGAAGCGGAAAAGGCCACAUUCGUUUGAAACGAACCCUUCGAUCCGAAAACGCCAACAAACUCGUCUACUGCGGAAAUUGAGAGCGACGAUUGACGAGUACACAACUCGAGUAGGACAGCAAGCUGUUGUGUUGUGCGUGUGCCCUGGAAAGCCAAAUCCGCUUUUUAAGGUGUUUGGUGCCGUUCCUUUAGAAAAUGUGGUUCGAAACCUUAAACAGCUUGUUCUUCAAGAUCUAGAGCAUGCUUUAGCAGAGCAUGCCCCUCCACCUCCCCCAGAAAAUCCAGAUAUCUACACACUACCCCCUCUUGUCAUCGAUGGCAUUCCAACUCCUGUUGACAAAAUGACCCAAGCCCAGCUCAGAGCAUUUAUUCCCAUGAUGUUGCGCUAUUCCACUGGUCGCGGGAAGCCAGGCUGGGGGAAGGAUUCAACACGCCCAGCUUGGUGGCCAUCAGAUUUGCCAUGGCAGAAUGUUCGCAGUGAUUGUCGCAGUGAAGAUGAAAAAGCUAGAAUCUCCUGGACAAAUGCUCUGCGACAGAUUGUGAAGAACUGCUACAAGUUCCAUGGAAGGGAAGAUCUGUUACCAGCUUUCUCCGAGGGAGAUGCCACACAGCACCAGUAUGUACAGCAACAGCAUCAGAUGGUACAUACCAUUUCAAAUGCUGAUGGAACAGUGUCGCUGAUACAAGUAGAUGCAUCAGGUGCUGUCAGCACUCUAUCAGAUGCAACCACUUCGCAAACAGAAGCAACCCAGGCUGUGGCAACAUUGGCUGAAGUUGCUGCAGCAACUCAAGUAGAAGUAACUCUUCCUCAUCCAGGUCAGGGUGACGGAGUGGGAAUUGACCAAAGUGAUUUGUCACACACAGAGGCUAUUGCACAAGCAGCUGUUGCCACUCUAGCAGAAGCCACCCUUGCUGAUGGAGGGCAGAUUGUUUUGCCAGAACAUGCUGCUGCUGCAGCUGCAGCAUUGGCAAAUGUUCAGGAUAACUUGAAUACUUCUAACAUGGUCACCAUUCCAGUUCAGGCAGCAGCAUCUCUCAUGCAGAUUCAAACUCAUCAUUUACCUGCUAGUACUCAUUCUCAGUACAUCUCUGCAUCAGUUCCCCAAGUAGCAAUGGCACCUCAUUCAAUAAUUCAGACAGUGACGACCUCCACAAUGGGACAUGAAGUCCACACCCAGAUAGUUGACACAUGUGAAGGUGUCCCUGUUGCCACUCAAGCAGUCGAAGUAGUAACUCUAGAAAAUUCACAAGAUCCAAUGAACUGACAGUACCAUGCAGAUAGAACAAUGACAAUGAUCUAAAGCCACAGGAAAAAUUAAUAGUGUACAGAAAGAGUAGGGCAAAAAAGAACACAGAGAGAUGUGAUUCCAUUAUCUUAUUGUUUAGAACAAGAAAAGCAAUGGUAGUGCAGUUGAUUUUAAAGAAAAAGAUUGAUUUUCUCUUAGUUUUAUUUAAGCACUUUUGGUUUUAAACCACUGGCAUCUCAAUUUUGUUGUUUUUUAGUACUGGGGUGUAUGAACCCUUGUCAAAAUUGCAGACUGCAGACCUCUUUUACCAGAGAAAAGAACCACUCUGUCUCAGCUGAAAUAUUCUUUGAAUAAGUGUUGAUUUUUAAAAAUAAUCUCUCUGUCACAAACCUGGUUGGUCUGUUUUUAUUCUCAGUUAAUCUUGAGCUAGAUAAAAAGAAUACCAACUGGACAUUUCUUCAUUUCACCCUGUAAGUGUUUUGAACUGAGACAUUGAAACAAACAGCUAAACAACUUCAGAACAGGUCAGCAAACAGCUUCCACAUGGGCUGCCCAUCAUAUCACCAUUAUUUGAUGUCAGUUCAUUACAGUUCAGGAAGAAAUAAACUCUUGUUGGGAUUCAAAGCUUUUACUCUUGGAAAAGUUGAUUACUUUAGUAAUUUAAAAAAAAAUCAUUGACACAACCUCUUCAAGCAAACAGGGAAAAAAAAACAGGGACACUGUUUUUAGGAUACUGUUAAAUUUGAUACUUAAUUCUCAUAUGAGAAACUAAAUGGUCUACCAGGAAUUAUAAAAAAAUGAACAGGUAAAUUUUGAUUGUGGGAUCUAGGGUGUGGAAGGGUUUAACUGGAAGGGAAAUUGAUCUGAUGUAGAUUUAAAAAAAAAGAACUUGCAUAUUACCUGGUGUCUUGUAAGCUCUCAAAUGUUCUUUGUGGGGUAUUUACUGUGAAUAUUUCUGGGCAGUGACUUGUGUAUGAUUAAAAUUAAAAAUUAUUGAUAUCAUCA